AUGCUUCUCCAUCGAUUAAAGAAAAAUAUUUGUUUAGAAAUGAAAAUGUCUUGUUAUGAUUCUCUUAGCAAAAAUCUAACGAUAAUUACUUAAAAAAUGCCGGAAAAAUGGGAAAAGGUUUUGUAUAAGAAACAAAAGUACCCAGAUAAUUAUGUGGAUGCCUCUUUCCUAUCCGAUUUGCGCAAAAAUGUAAAUCUUUACCGAUAUUCUUGGUGGGAAGCCUUCAUCAAGGUUUGUUUAGUUACGCACGAAAUCUGCUGUACCGUUUUCUUUGUCAUUAUUUUCAUAUUUAUGGAAGAAAAUAAUCUAUCGGUAAUAAGAAUUCUAGGAUUGUUAGCGAUUUUAACUGUUUCAUGUUUCUUAAUAAUUCAAAUAACAUCUGCAUAUCAGUGGACUAUGAAGAAAAGCUACUUCUAUGAGUAUUUCAAAAGUGCUGUUAUAUUUUUCAUUUUCGGAUACAUGUUUUCACCUGUGCUAAAAACGUUGACUCAAACUAUCAGUACUGAUACAAUCUAUGCUAUGGUAGUACUAAUGAUGAUAGUUCAUAUAUUGUUUCAGGAUUACGGAACUGAUGCUGCAAUCGUUUCGGGCACUUUGUCAGUGAACUCUGCUUUAUUUGCAGCUGUGUGCUUAGCUUCUAGAUUGCCUACUGUAUUGCACACUUUUGUACUCUUAGUUAGUGCUGUUAUAUUGUUUGUAUUGCUACCUUUAAUGAGGAAGCAGUUAAAGAACAAUGACUUUGGUUUAUUAAUAACUACAUCAUUGUUUUUUCUAUCUGUAACAACAGCUUUAAUUCACAUUUCGACUUUGUUUACAAUUUUGUUUAUACUUCUAUGCCUAAUUAUAAAUAUAAUAUUUCCUUCUUUGUUUGUUUAUUGUCAAAAAUAUAAAGAGAAUAUAUUUGGACCUUGGGAUGAAGCGUUUGUGAAAAAAUAAAUUAACUCCAUCUAAA